ACUCCGCCAUAACAGUCCCUCCACAGCAACUCCUCCACAGCAUUCUCGGACGCUUCUCCACAGCAUCACUCAAGUGUUAUGGCUCCACCAAAAAAGAAAACUAAGGGGAAUGUGGCAGCUGUAGAUUGCCGUAAUGAAGAGUUGAAAGAAAUGGAUGAAAAAUGCCAUAAUGAAGUUCCGAAGCACCCUCGUAAUGCAUGGAUAUUUUUCUACCAAGAACAAUGCAAGUUGAAGGAUAAUGAUCCAUUAAAGCCAAUGUCAAUGGAGGAAAUUUUUGAAAAGUGGAAAGCUUUAGGAGACCAUGCUAAGCGAAAGUACAAGAAAAAAUCUAUCAGGAGUACCGAGAAAUACAAAGAGCACAAAAUUAAGCUUGAUCUUCCGAAGGGUCCGAAGAACACCUUUAUAUCAAGGACUCAACUUAAGGCGGCUUAUGAUAGGAUGCAAGAACUUGAUCCGCAUCAUCGCUAUGUCCAUCAUCAUCACCAUAUCCAUCAUCAUCGCUAUGUCCGUCAUCAUCACUAG